AUGGAUUUUGAUGAAGAAACCAAGCCAAAUCUGACAACCUUGAACAUGAGCUCCAACGUGAGCGUAAGAAGCGAGUCUGUCGGCGCUUUCGACCCUGCUACCCAGCAGCAGAAUGGGUCAAAACCGCCCAUCAAGCGCAGGUCUCCAAUAGCCUGUCGGAGAUGCCGUCGGAUGAGGAGCAAAUGUGUGCAUGAGAAGGGACAGCCGCCGUGUAAAUCCUGCGCGGAAGCUGGCAUACCAGCGAGUGAAUGCAUCUUUCCCCAACGAGGCCAGCCGGAUCUGGACCGCGAAUACCGGCAUCCUCGCUUGAGGGCCGAGAAGGCCGCGAAACGAGAAGCUGACAAGGCUCGACGAAGCGCGUCAGAUGCUCAGGUCCCUCGGGGUCCCGGCGCGCCAGCUCUUCGUAAACCUGCAGACGAAUGGGAGCUUCUCCCACCGCUACCCGAAAUCAUCGACGCAGUUCACGGCUUCACCCGCAAGUAUUUUCAGCUAGGUUUCAUCCCGAAGGAGCUUUUCCCCCGGCAGCUGCAGCAAGAUCACCGAUCCGUCAGCGUCUUCCUCGUACUCGGUAUUCUCAGUGUCUCUGCUCGCUUCUCCCCAGCCCUGGCCCAGAGAUACCAUGGGGAGAUGGAAGCCGUCGACUUCUUCAUGGAACGGGCUAGCAACCUCGCGCUCAACGAACUGUACCAAGAGCCUACUCUAGAGAGAUGUCAAGCCUUUUAUCUGUUGAGUCUAGCGCAGCAAGGCGGCGGUAUGAGGAACAAGAGCUACAUCAACAUUGGCAUUGCCACGAGGAUGGCCGUCUUGAUGCAUCUGCAUCGCGAAGAGUUCUACAAGAUGAAGAAUCCCACGAGGGAGAUGAUUAUCAGGGCGGAAUCUGCACGGAGAACUUUGUGGAUGUUACACAGCCAGGACAAUCUCCAUUGCGGUGCUCUUUCCCCCGUGUCACUAGCUGCCAACGACAUCACGGCUCUUCUCCCUAGCAACGAGGAAGACUUUGCCUACGGCCGCGAGCCCUUGUCUCGUGCCGCACUCGAGGACACGCCGCCAGCUCGCGAGAACCCUUCAUUGAUCCACCAACCAUCUCGAUCAUUGUUCGCGAGUCUGAUGCAAGCACAUUAUUAUUGGGGGAAAGUCGCUCGUCGAGCGUUGGCAACGAUGAAGAGCGCCAAUCCUUGGGACCCGACGAGCGAGUACGCCAUCACAGCAAAGCAGAUCCUAAGCUGGGAACAGCAGCUUCCGCAAGAUCACCGAUGGAGUAUGGUCCUCCUCAAAGGGCACAAGUCCGUCGGCGAAGAUCUGGCCUACCUCGGUGUCACUAUGAUAACAAAACUCUGCAACAUUGUGCUGAGGCGUGCGUAUCUCGAGAACAUCAUCAAACCAGACGAGAAGGAUAUGCAACGCCGGGCGUUUUUCGCCAAUAUGUCUGACGACCUCUUCCGGAAUGUACGAGAGCUGUACGAGCAAAUCGAUGCUCAAUUCAGCGUCAGAUCCUCUGAAGAGGGUGUGGGAGCCCAGAUGGCGUCGUUCUGCGUCUACAGCUGCGGCCUCUUCUCGACCUACCUGGUCAAGUACCGGAACAUCUGCUCCGACAAGAACAUCGUCGCGCAGGCUCCGAACAUGCUCCAGCGGUGCAUGUCCAUCCUCAUCGAAUCGAAGCAGACUUGGCCCCUAGCCUCCCGCUGGCUCGAAUCUCUGGAGCGCUUCUCGCGUGAUCCCAAAGCAGCUGCCUUUAGUCUUGAGGGCAGUAUGGCCGACGGCAACGACCGAACCCUCCGACCGCUCCAUCCCUCGCCAUCCAACUUCACAAAGGGCCCACGCGCCGAGGCACCCAAGUACCAGCUCCCAGGCCCGCCGCCGACCCCGUUGAGCGAGAAGAAGCCAGUGCCGCUACGACACAGCAGCAUCAGCAGCAACGCAUCCAACAACGUGCUCCCUCCCCCGAGCCCAUCACCGAGCCUACAACAACAGCAGCAAAUGCACCAGCAACACAACUCUGCCUUCCCGCUCCCGCCGCUCAUGAACACAACUCACCAACAGCAGCCUCAACUCCAUCAUCAACAGCAACACCAACAUCAUCAACCUCUCUCUCCACACCAUCAACAACACCACCUGCUACAACACCAGCCGCAACCACACCACCAACUCCAACAGCAGCAACGCCACCAGCAACAUCCUCCGACACCCCAAAUGCAACAACACCACCACCAGCACCUCCCCCCAGAACUACACCCCCAGUUCUCCCCACCCAUCUACUCCCAAGCACCCCCACCCUACAGCCCCAACAACGGCAUGGGCAUGCUCGUCCAAGCUGCAACCUUUGACACCGCAAGCCCCAUCCUCGGCGCCCCGGCGCAGCAGCCCCCGCCAUCAUCGACGAACCCGUACGAUCCCACCACGGCCGCGGCGGUGGCGGCCUUCUACAAUUCGCCGGGCUCCGCGUCCAUCGUUCUCGGCCCCGGCACGGACGGCUUCGAGUGUGAGCUCCAGAGCUGGUUCGACGGCACGGCGCCGGUCCAGGCGACGAGCUGGAUCGGGAACGGGGCGGCUGGCCUUGGGUGGUUUGGGUCCACGUGA